AUGGAUUCUGAAUAUGAUUUUAUCGUCAUUGGGGCUGGAGCAUCAGGAUGUGCAGUUGCAGCCCAGCUAGCUCAAACUGCAAGCCGACCAAAGGUCGUUCUUUUGGAGGCAGGCUCGCCAAAUGGAAAUGAGACGUACCUUGAAGCUUCAGAGCGUUUCAACGUCGCAUUCGACCCAAAUUCAUUUCCUAAUUGGGGUUACAAAACGGUUCCACAACAUCAGUUGAACGGACAAGAGGUUGACUAUUCGCGUGGUCGGGGUUUAGGCGGAACAACUAGUAUCAACUUCUGUGGCUGGCUAGUAGGGCCGAAAGACGAUUACGAGGAAUGGGCAAGACUAACAGGAGAUGACGAUUUUCGCUGGUUGAACGUAAAGAAGUGUUUGGAUCGAAUCCAGCACUUACAUCCCGAAAUUCCCGUUCCAGAGCUUAGAAAGUAUUUGAAAGCAAGUCCGGAUCAUAGCACUUCAGGGAAAAUCGAUAUCUCCUACGGUGGGCCAUGGAUUCCUGAUAUAGGAAACAUCUUCGUCGCAGCGGAACAAAUUGGCAUGAGAGUGAACGCGGAUAUCAAUGACGGUGAUCCUAUUGGUCUUGGCAUGGGCACUGUCAAUUGCUGGAAAGGCAAAAGGAUACACGCAGCGGCAGCAUAUCUACCUGGAUGUGGUCCUAAUUUGACUGUCGUGACCAAUGCACUAGUUUCCAAGAUUAUGGUUGAGAACAAGCGCGCGGUCGCUGUAGAAGCUGCGGACGGUAGGGUGUUCUUUGCGCGUAAAGAAAUCAUUCUCUCAGGAGGGGCUCUAAACAGCCCUCAGCUUCUCCUGCUAUCAGGUAUCGGCCCCAAGGAAGAAAUUGAAAAGCAUAGCAUUAGAACCGUCCACGAUCUUCCUAUGGUCGGCAAGAACCUGCGGGAUCACUGCUACUCCGCUGUUGGUAUUGUUGUAAAGCAUGGGCCAGACUUUGUAGAAACGGAUGUUGCUCCACUCUGCCCUAGCCCGAUGGCUUUUCUAAAGAGCGCAGCGGCGAUGAGUUCAAAGGAGUUCGCCAGUUUGCCAUGCGACAUCCAACGACACCUUUCACAGCCAACGAUACCAAACUUUGAAAUCGCUACCCAUACACCACCAUCAAUGCUUGACUACGAGCCUUCACCAGAUGUAUCCUUUGUCGGAGCCAUAUGCAUUCUUGACAAUGCACAAAGUCACGGUACAUUGACGUUGAAAUCUGCCGAUCCCAACGAAGCUCCUAUCAUAGAUCCAAAGUUUGCCACCCACCCUUUCGACCGGAAAGUCCUCAUAGACGGUAUUCGGCAGACAAUUCGGCUUCUUCAGGCGCCUAUAUAUGCAAAGAACACUAUCGAAGUGCUUGGACCGGAUCCAAACGCGGAUGAUGAAGAAAUCUGGGAGCACAUUCGCACGCAUUUCGGAAGCUCGUGGCACAUGUCUUGCACUGUCAAGAUGGGACGAACGCCCGACGAGGCAUGCGUUGACUCCAAUUUCAAAGUUUUCGGACUAGAAGGUCUGCGAGUGGCGGACAUGAGCGUCUGUCCGUUUGUGCCGAACAACCAUGUCCAGUCGACGGCAUAUGUCUUGGGUGAGAUCCUGGCGGAAAAACUGGCAAAGGAAUAUGGCCUAGUUAGCUCGACCGUUGACGCGAGACUGUGAUCGGCUGAGCGCUGAUGAAUAUGAAAUGCCCUACACGAGAUUGUGCCUGACUGCAACGCGUUGUAUUGUGGACUCCAGAGAACGGCCUUGAGGUGAAGAGGAAAUUCAACGAAGACGCCGGGCUCAG